CCCGUGACCCGGUCACGGGCCCGAGAUAACGCCCGCCAGUGACCGGUGCGGGAUGCCGGGGGUUUUUGGGCGACGGAGUGCGGGUAGGGGGAAGUUUGUCCGGACUCUGUGGCGAUCGUCCACAUCCGGCAUUUGAUAAGCUGAGGUCAGCUGAUCCGCUCAGUCGGAUAGAGGGGGGAAAGAGCGAGCAGAAGACGAGGAACGAGAGCAAAGGCCCGUGGAAGCGAAGCGAGGUUGGGUUCCGUUAGUGAUCGUGUCGGAACGAAGCGCAAUCGGAGAGGCCAAGGACACGGGCUCGAGAAGAGAAGCGAGAAUUCAUGUGAGCUCGAAAGCCCCGGAGCCGAGCUAGGGAGAGGAAGGGAGCGAAGGCAUGGCGGCCACGGCGACGGCAAUGUCGAUGAGCGUUGCCUGCACCGGCAGCUCGGGGAUCUCGUCCCGGGCUGCGGCGCAAUCCGGGAGAAGCACAGGCGUGGCAGGGCUGCUGAAUCUCGCAAUUUGUCGACAAAAUCUGGGACGAGUUUCCUUCGGCUGCAGAGCGCAGUCGUCGAGUAUGGGCACGGCGGGCGAGAGCGCCAGCGCCUUGGCUGCUGCUGUAGGGAAGGUGCGAGGCUGGAGAAGUACGCUAGAUUCUCUGCGGGACAACGAGAGGGUGUCGAUGGUGAACUCGCUGGAAGAUUUGUCUCUGGAAUCCGUCGCGGACAAGCUGGAGGUGGUCACGUCUGCGAUGAUCGCCGGAGCUCUGGUUCUGUUCUUCAUGCUGGCCGGUCCCUGCCGCGCCAGCGCUGCCGAGGCUGCAGACUUCACGUUGUACUACGGCACAGCGGCCAGCGCUUCGAGCUAUGGAGGCUACGGCGGCAACACCAACAAGCGCGACAGCGCUGAGUACACCUUCGAGUUUCCCACGGGCUGGAAGGAGCGCACCAUUUCGAAAAUCGAGAAGGGCACCAACGGAACGGACAGCGAAUUUCUCAACCCCAAGCACAAGGAGGAGAAGGUUUAUGUCACGUACCUCUCAGGGUUCAGGCGCCUCGCUCCCAUGGACAAUGUGCUGAACAACCUGGCGCUGUCGGAUCCCGUGCUUCAGGACAUUCUUCAGCUUGCCGAUGGCAACAUCACGGCCAAAGACAGGACCGAUGCCUCGGGGCAGCUGUACUACGACUACGAAAUCGACAGUCCGGUGGCGCAUGCUUUGAUUUCCGUCACUUGUGCCAAGAACAAGCUUUACGCCCAUUUUGUCAAGGCCGGAAACUCGGAUUGGACUCGAGAUCAGGAGCUUUUGCGACAUGUGCACGAGUCCUUUUCGACCAUCGGGGACGUUCCCCUUGCGCCCCCUGGGGAAUUUUAGACGGAGACGACUUACAGCAGCAGCCUCUCGCAUGCUUCCUAACUGGACAUACUAAUGAGGACAGGAGUGUUAUAUCGUUUUCUUUGUAAAUGUAUGGUUUCAUACAAAUCUGUACACUGGUGUAUCAUUUGAAAAUAUGCAGAACAAAUUAGUUACUUUGACCUUCAAUACUUGAGGUGCGUAUGAAUGCUGGACUCUUUCUACACCGAAAUUCAGAAUACUCCUCUGGACCUCUCCACGGGGGAAUGUCACUCACACUGUACCGUGUAUUGUUCAUGUCCUAGAAAAUUUGCAGUUACAUAGAUGGCGGCUGGAAACUGUAGAAUUCGAGAAAUUUCCGGCUGUCUUCAUUGCCGCAAAGUGAGGACUGGCUCCAUGACCUGGGGAUGCGAAACAUGAUUUAGAGUAUUUGGGUAGAGUCGUGUCGCACCAGUGAAGUACUGCAUAAAAUCAUGCUAGGCAACGACGGGAAAGGGAGGACUUUCAUGCAUGCCAUCAUCUCUGCAGUUAGUUCUGGAGGAUGUAGAUUGUACUCUGUAAUGUGCCAAACAAGCCUCAAAGCCAGGGCUUCUAACGAUGUCUCAAGUCAAGUCAUGUAGCUUCUUUCUCCCAACAAAUUAUGCAGUGAAUUUUUUGCAUGUGCUUAGAUCAAGUCCUC